CUGAAGCACCACUAGUUGGCCCGAUCGGGCAGCUAGCUGGUAGCGUAACUUCUCCACCGGUACGUAUCAAUCCAUCCUUAUUGUAUUUGCCAGACGGAAACCGGGCUUUUUUGCCAAUUAUAACUCCCAGCAACCGUCUUAUUCGUACGCCCGCCGUGCCGAUUCCGAUACAUGCCGGCAUUUUGCUGUCAUUCUGUUCUCCCGUGUAUACACUCUUGGUAACUCUUUUUAUUGCGCAUCCUCCUUCCCAUCCAGUUCUCCGUCGCCGCCGUCUCGUUACUGUCCAUCGCGCGGCAGCCCAGUGCGUUAUUGAGUCUUCUUCGUUGUUGAUUCGCCGCCCGUGUGUAUGCACCGCUGAUCCGUCCCGGACCGUGUUGUAUGUGUGUUUUGGAUAUUAUAUGAUGAUAUGUGUGCCGCUGCUGCGUUAACGUUGCACCUUGACAUGUGCCGUCGACGACCCGGCACUGGCGACAUCCGCAUGGAUAAUUAAUUAAGACAAAGCGCUGAUUCAAGUGAAAUCUAUGGGGACCAGGUGUGCUUUAUCAGCUGCCAAUGUCAGUAUGGACCCUUUCUUGAUCUGCAUCCCGUCACCCUUCCCGCUUCUCUUACAGCGUUGCCACAUGUUGCCGUCGCUCCUCAUAAGGUUAAAUCACUUUGCCGUGUAUGAUUCCAUGCGCCCGGGUACACGUUGUCGUGGCUGCCAGAAUUGUUGAUUUGUGCGUCCCCGCGCUGGCGUUGCCUUGAUGCCGGCAUUUAGUAUUAUUAUUAUAUAGAUUUCCCAUGAAGACCUUUUUGUCAACCCAUCGACAUUCGGCUUUCAGUAUCCUAACGGCCGGCAGCGACACCGGCUGGUGGGGCGCUGUGCAUCGGCAUCCCGCGUGAAUGUCUGCUGUACAUAACGGCACAUUGACCGGAAACGAUCUACGUUCGCUAUUUGUCCAGGCGCGCGCCUUUUCUGUGUGUCGCGCGCUCGGCAUUGUCCUGGUUAUGAUCAUUGUUUAUCUGGAUGAGUGGGAUCAAUGCGGCCAUUUAUACUCUCUCUCCCUCUCUAUGCACGGAUCCGACCAUCCGCCCAGCGGCUUAAUCUUUGAUUAAGGGAGCCGACGUGUACUCACCGUAUUCCUGUUUUUUAAUGCCGCGUUCGAAGUAGUCUGCACCCGAUCUCGUCUGUACUGCGUCUGCCUCGAAUACAAUGCGGAAAUUCUCUGCCAACGACAAAUGCAUGAAAUGUCGCUAUUAUUGCAAGAAGUUCAUCGCCUUUCUAUUUUCUCAUAUUGGAUUAUGUGGCCUGGUGGUGGCAUAUGUCAUACUGGGUGCGAUUACGUUUUCUUCUUUAGAGGCUGAGGAGGAACGGCUGACAAAAGUCCGUGUACAGGAACUACACAAUCGGACGUUAGACGACUUUUGGAACAGCACCGUGGAGGAGUGGAACAACCUGAGCCUGGUCCCAGCCGACGACACAGGAAGGGAUUAUUAUGAGCAGAGGCCACUUCAGCCCGUUACCAGCAGCAGUGCGACACCAACCAUCAAUCCGGCCCAAUUAGACCGCUUACGGCGGGACGUUACGCGUGACCUUUGGAAUAUCACAUUAGAAAUGAAUGUGUUAUUUGAGAAGAACUGGACGACGCUGGUCAAUGAGCGGAUAAUACAGUAUCAGAAGGAAUUACUGGCCAUGUUGUUGAACGAUACUUUGCCGUUGAAGAAUGCCUCCUCAUCGGCAUCCAUGCCUAAUAGUAAUAACAAUCUUGUCAUAACGCCCAAUUAUACGUCCAUUCAGCACGGGGAUUAUGCGGCUAGCGGUGCACGAGUAAAGGACUCUUUACGGUCUAAACUGUAUGCUUAUGAGGCGGAAAUCUUCAAGGAAGUCCGACAGCAUGGUUAUGACGGGGAUGCCACGGAUGCCUCUAUGCAGUGGUCAAUUCCGGGUGGACUGCUCUAUUCCCUGACCGUAAUUACCACCAUCGGUUAUGGCCACAUUGCUCCGAAGACUGUCUGGGGAAAGUUAAUAACAAUGCUGUACGCCAUUAUGGGCAUUCCUUUGAUGCUGCUGUGUUUAGCCAAUAUUGGCGACGCUCUCGCUCAUGCCUUCAAGUUUUUCUACUGGAAAAUUUGUUGCCUAUACUGUGAGAUUAAAAAGCGCCGGAAGCGCCUAAUGCGCAUCCAGAGCGUACGCAUGUCGCGCAAAUCAAACCGCUCCCCGGUGGCGUCCAUGGUCAACAAUGUGGGCCUGCACAGUAUGCACUCCAGCUUCAAAACCAAACCCCCCUCGGUCAUCACCAAGCCGCCUUCCGUCAUCAUACCGGAGAAGCCGACGGAGCUGCUGCUGCCCAACACCCACAACAGCACCCUCAUCAAGAUCAGCUCCACACCGGAGAACCGCUCCCUGGACGAUAAGUCGCCCAGCUCACCCGACGCGUCGGCGACCACCACCGAGGUGGCAACCACCAGCGUCAACAAUGACCCGGCGGCCACCGAGCGCGACGCAAUGAUCAGCACGAAUGGCAGCGAUAACAAUAAUAAUCAACUGAGUAAUAAUCCUUCCGUGGUGGUGCGCGAAGUGCCCAUUGCCGUGGCCGACGACACGGACAUCAUCAUCGACCAGCAGGACGACGGCAUGACCAUCAGCCUGCCGCGGGCGGGUGACCGGAAGAUGAGCGUGUGCAAUAUGCCGCCGGAGAGCAUCGACGGGAUUGACUACGUGGACGAGUCGCCGCAGCCGUCGCCCACCCAUCUCUCGCCGGAUGAGACGACGGCCGUGAUUGUGCACGAUGUGGUGGACGACGAUGACCAAAUGGGAGGGGAUUUUGAGCCGCGCUACGAGAAGCAGUCGGUGCCGGUGUACGUGUGUCUGUUGGUGGUCUUUGGUUAUAUUGUCGGCGGAGCGAUAUUGUUUGGAUUCUGGGAAGGCUGGGAACCUUUAGAUGGUGCCUAUUUUUGUUUUAUUACAUUGACUACAAUUGGAUUUGGUGAUUUUGUGCCGGGUGUGAGCUCGAGCGGACGCAACGUGAAUAGCAACAGCGAGGAGAAGUUGACCUUAUGUUCCCUGUAUCUCGUAUUCGGAAUGGCGCUGCUGGCCAUGAGCUUUAAUUUGGUCCAGGAAGCGGCUACGGAGAAGGCCAAAUGGAUAGCCAGAAAAAUUGGGAUAUUGUCCGAUGAUUCCGAAGAAGAGGACUAAUCCUUCUCAGUAUACGAGUAUAUUCAAAAACAACAAGUCCUUCCUUGCCAAAUACACACCAUCGCCAAUAUUACCUGUACAUAUUUGGCGCAUGCAUGAAGAGUCUCUGUUCGUAUAAUUGACAGAGAAAUGGAUACUUGCAAUUGUGAUCCACUUUGGCCGCUCAACAAAAAAACCUGGACACUGUGUACAGAGAAAAUGAACAUUAGCGCAUGAAAUGCCACAUUCGGGGGAAACUUUAUCACCGCGCGAGAUUGAGACGAGAGAGCAGCACACAACACACGGCAGUUUAGCCUUUGACCGCUGUUUCUUUUCAAUGAAUCUCCUUUGCUUUCGAUGACAAAAAGCAUUAUUGAUGGGGGGAAACGAGUGGCGGAUGCCGCUGAUGAAGAGAAAUGAUCCCUCUUUUUUGCCGGCUCUCGUGCGAGACUGUGAUCGUCAAUCACGGUAUACAGAUGUGUGCAACUGCCCAACCAGCACACACACAAACUGCAUACAGCAACACAUACAUCUCGGCAAACUCCAUUCUCCCGCUAAUCGAACGUUGUGUCUGGGAUUUUUUGAAUCAAAAACACAAAUGCUUUGUACAUUUGAUCUGUCCUACUGCAGUCUGGCUGUUGUGCACACACUGUAGAGUGGCAGCAUGUCAAAGCGCUUUGAAUACUUCAUGUUGUUCAUUUGGCCCAAAUGAUCUUCAGGUUGUAUAAUAAUGACGGUCCUGUACUCACACCUGCUACAAUGAUACGCGACAUCAUAUGCUAUUGUCGGUUGAUAAUGGCAGACAUAAAAUGGGAAUUAA